AUGUGUGAGGCCAUCGCUUCCUGGUGUGGACUAAUGAUAAUGGACUGAUGAGGUGGAGACGGUGGAUCUGCUCGAGUCAGUGUGAUCGCUCCAGAUUCACCAAUCUACAGAAACUGUGCCAGAAGAAACACCAUACUCAGUUGGAGGAAUGUCAACUGCAAACAAAUCUGAAGAGGAUGGUGACUCAUUCUCUUCGAAGGUCAUCAACAUUGUGUUUAUCAUCCUGCUGCUGGAUCUGCUUGGAUUUACACUGAUUCUACCUCUACUGCCUUCAAUUUUGGACCAUUAUGCCCAAACAGGGGAUGUUGUAUAUCAGUCUCUGCAGAGCGUUGUGGACUGGUUCAGGGAGGCUGUGGGGAUUCCUAUGGAGAAGAAGUACAACAGUGUCCUGUUCGGGGGUCUGAUCGGCUCGCUCUUUUCUUUGCUGCAGUUCCUGGCGUCGCCUGUAACGGGGGCUCUGUCAGACCGCCAUGGCAGACGACCCCUGCUCAUUCUUACCACGUUAGGGCUGAUGACCUCCUAUGCAGUCUGGGCCGUUUCCUGGAGCUUCAGCAUGUUCCUUUUGUUUCGGGUAAUUGGGGGCAUUUGUAAGGGCAACGUCAGCCUCUGUACUGCCAUCGUAGCCGACUUACCAUCCCCGAAAGCACGAAACCGAGGAAUGGCUAUGAUUGGUGUUGCCUUCUCCUUGGGCUUCACUGUAGGACCUCUGAUGGGUGCCUACUUUGCUCUCAGCUCAAGGACAGCAGGAAAUGUCUUCUACCAAACCCCAGCUCUGCUCGCCUUGGCCUUCAGUAUCGCUGAUCUGCUCUUUAUAUGGCUUAAGCUGCCUGAGACUUUAACAAAGGAUGUCAAGGCUUUGCCGUCAGGGUUUGGAGACUCCUGGGACCUCCUCAACCCACUGUCUUUGUUCCAUUUUUCAACUGUUGCCAAGACAAAAGAUCCACCUUCAAAAAAACGAAUGCAAAAGCUUCAAAUGUUGGGCCUGGUUUAUUUCUGCUACCUCUUCCUGUUCUCUGGUCUGGAGUUUACCCUGAGUUUUCUGACUCACCAGCGCUUCCAGUUUACAAGUAUGCAGCAAGGAAAGAUGUUCUUCUUCAUUGGUGUCAUCAUGGCAUUGAUCCAGGGAGGUUACGCUCGCAGAAUCAAACCUGGGCACCAUCUCAAGGCUGUUCGUAUGGCGAUCACAGCAUUGAUCCCAGCAUUUAUUCUCAUUGGGUUAUCAUGGAAUGUAACGAUGCUUUACCUUGGCCUGGCGUUGUACUCCUUUGCGGCCGCCAUAGUUGUUCCAUGCUUGUCAACGCUUGUUUCUGACCACGGUUCAGCCAAUCAGAAGGGCACAGUGAUGGGGAUUCUGCGUAGUUUGGGUGCCUUGGCCAGAGCACUGGGACCAGUUGUAUCAUCCUCUGUUUACUGGAUCGCUGGAGCUCAGACCUGUUUUCUCCUCACAUCAGCCUCUUUCAUUAUACCCCUAGCUCUGCUGAGCACAGCCAGGAGGAUAAAGGAGGAGUGAGCAGAGUGAGACAGAUUGAAGAUACAUCUUAUCUUUAGUUGCUUUAAUGAUUGUUAUGAUGUUACCAUCUGCUGGGAAAGCAAGCACUGAGUUAUAAUAGAACAAUAAUAAACAGGUGUAUACCUUCUGUGCUGCUGGCCAAGGAUCAUCACAUGAAACAAAAUAAUGCAAGAAGGUGAUACACAUGCAUAUGUGUAUUAUGGACUGCAUGGGUGUGGGUGGGUUACAAGUAACAUAACUUUUGGAACAGAGGUAUUAUUUUAUAAUGCAG